AUGGCCUCUUCAUUACCUCCCCUUCUUCAAGCGUGUUCAGGUUCCCUCGCGAGCGCGUCCGCCAAUGUUAUCUCGUACCCGCUAGAUCUCAUCGCGACGAAGUUACAGAUAUCCGAGUCUCCCCAUCUUCGUGGCCUGAAAGGGGCACGCCGCAUCCUACGCCAUAUUGUUGGCACAGAGGGCUUCGCUGGGUUUUACAGUGGUCUCCCGACUGACACCGCUUCAACUCUCGUCUCAGGUUUCCUGUACUAUUACUUCUACACGAUCCUUCAUGCUCUGGCCGCGCGAUUGCGGUCUUCCUCGCCCCUUAGCCGCGCGCUCACCGCGCGGACGCGUCCAGUCCUUCUCCCACUUCCCGUAGAGCUCGCUGUGGGGUAUAUCGCUGGUAUUGCCAGCCGUGCCGUAUCGAUGCCAUUGUCACUCAUCACCGUGCGUCUUCAGAGCGCAGGCGGGGAAGGCGAAGAUGAAGACGGAGAUGACGGGAAAAGAAAGGGAGUUCCACCAGUAGUAGACAUAGUGAGGAGCAUAUAUACGGAACAAGGACUUUGCGGAUUCUGGGCAGGCUUCGCACCCACUCUGCCCCUCGCCCUCACACCGGCUCUCACUCUGCUUUUCUUCCAGCUCUUCAGCCGCAUACAAUCAGGCAGAAUACCCGCAUAUAUGCGCGCGUUUCUCGACGGGGCUCUCUCGAAUGCUCUUGCCCUUGCUGUGCUGUACCCUCUCGUUCUCGCUAAGGUGCGCGUCCAGGCUUGGAGGGAUAUGUCUAUGUUUGCAGUCUGGCGCGAAGCCUUCCGCUCGGCCGGCUGGGCGGGGCUGUACCAUGGUCUUACUGCGAUACUGCUCAAGGGGUUUGUUAGCCAGGGUAUCACUAUGUUGGUCAAGCAACGGAUUGAGCAAGCGGUGAUGCACAUACAUGCGAAGCGCAGUUAA